AAAAAGAUAUUUUAAAGAAAAUAGAAGAGAUAGGUGUUGAAUAAUUGAUGGAUCUCAAUACAUUAUUGUAUCAACGUAUCACUGCAUCGAACCCUACAUUUGAAAAUGAUAUGCAUGCAGCAUGAGCGCAUGUGUUUAUUAUUGUUUAUUGUAUGUUGUUAAGUAUAUAUAAAAAGGGUUCUUGAUGUCCCUGAAACAACUCAUCAACCUCUCUCAACAAUGGCUACCAUUCCUUCCCACAACCUUCUUCUUCCUAACCCCACGAUCAACCAAUCAGCUCACUCUCUUUCCUUUAAACCACACACUACUCAUCUCAAUUUCCCGGCGAGAUCAUCACCGGUGGCCGUCACGAGGGCUCUGUCCACAACCGACGGAGCUUCGACAUCCUCAAGGCUCGAUCCGGUUGAAAAAUAUGAGAUCACGGCGGCGGAGGAUGUUCGCCGGCGGGAUAGAGAAGCUAAAGAAUCAAAGAGUUUGAGGGACACGUGGAGGAAGAUCCAAGGGGAAGAUGACUGGGCCGGGCUAAUGGAUCCGAUGGAUCCGGUUCUAAGAUCAGAGCUGAUCCGCUACGGAGAAAUGGCCCAGGCCUGUUACGACGCUUUCGAUUUCGAUCCGUUCUCGAGAUACUGUGGAAGCUGCAGGUUCACGCGCAAAAAGCUCUUCGACUCGCUCGGGAUAUUCGACUCCGGCUACGAGGCGGCGCGUUACCUCUACGCGACGUCGAACAUCAAUCUCCCCAACUUCUUCUCGAAAUCGAGAUGGUCCAAGGUGUGGAGCAAGAACGCCAACUGGAUGGGGUACGUCGCCGUCUCCGACGACAGCGAAGCCACGCGCCACCGUCUCGGACGCCGCGACAUCGCGAUCGCGUGGAGAGGCACCGUCACGCAGCUCGAGUGGAUAGCGGAUCUCAAGGACUUCCUCAAACCGGUAUCCGGAAACGGAUUCCGGUGCCGGGACCCGGCCGUUAAAGCCGAGUCCGGGUUUCUGGAUCUCUACACGGACAAAGACACGUCGUGCAACUUCUCGAAGUUCUCGGCGAGGGAGCAGCUUCUCACGGAGGUGAAGCGGCUGGUGGAGAGAUACGGCGACGAGGAGGGAGACGAUCUGAGCAUCACGGUGACGGGACACAGCCUCGGCGGUGCUUUGGCGGUGCUGAGCGCGUACGACGUGGCGGAGAUGGGGCUGAACAGGACGAAGAAGGGGAAGGUCGUUCCGGUGACGGUGUUCACGUACAGCGCUCCGCGGGUUGGGAACAUACGGUUCAAGGAGAGGAUGGAGGAGCUGGGGGUGAAGGUGCUGAGGGUGGUGAACAAACACGACGUCGUCCCGAAAUCGCCGGGGCUGUUUUUGAACGAGCACGCGCCGGACGCGCUUAAGCAGUUGGCGGGAGGGUUGCCGUGGUGUUACUGCCACGUGGGGGAGAAGCUAGCGUUGGAUCACCAGAACUCUCCGUUUUUGAAGCCGUCCGUUGAUCUUUCCACGGCUCAUAACUUGGAAGCUCUUCUCCAUCUACUUGACGGGUAUCAUGGGAAAGGACAGAGAUUCGUGUUAUCUAGUGGGAGAGAUCCAGCGUUAGUGAACAAAGCGUCUGAUUUUCUGAAAGACCAUUUUAUGGUACCUCCUUAUUGGCGACAAGAUGCAAACAAAGGAAUGGUUAGGCACACUGAUGGCCGUUGGAUUCAACCAGAUCGCAUCCGUGCAGAGGACCACCAUGCUCCUGACAUUCAUCAUCUUCUCACCCAACUCCAUCACCCUUCUUAACUCUCUGUAAAUUACAUCAAAACUUUCUUUUGUUUUUUUAAUCUUUCUAAUCUGUAUCGUUGCUUUAUAUAUAUAUAUAUAUAUAUACUACAAAGAAAUAACUUAUCAA